GUUUGGACAUUUUUUUUUCCUUCCUUCAUUUCCUUUUUCUUUUCUUUCUCUUUAUUUCUCCUUUCUCCAUCCGUUUAUCUUUUCUCCCCUCCCCCAUCCCUCGUUUUCUCCGCUCUUGUCGCUUGUGAUGCCCCCCAGCCCCCCGCGUGUGUCUCCGGCGGGUUCCCCUCCUCCUCCUCUCCUUCUCUCACACUGCCGGGGCUGAACCGGGGCUGGAGGGAGAGAGGCAUCCAUGUCAUUCUACCACGGCUUGCCAUCAUCGCAGCUCCACUUCUCUUCAUCGCCUUUAGUUCUCUGAGUGUCCAGCUGUGAUAGGGGCACCGCCUCAGGAGACACUGUCGGCAAGGAAGGAGCAGGUACGCACGGGUUAGCUGGCUGAUGUAAGGACACUGAAGCGUACAUUCCAAAGAACACUUGUUUCUACCAUUUGCUUUGUACUAUGCUGAAGAUGUCCCAUGGCCACACGACCCAGGAAACCCUGGAGAUCAUGAAGGAGUCUGAAAAACGCCUGGUUGAAGAGUCUGUAAACAGAAGCAAGGCCGUAUCAAGAUCACCAAGUAAAGAGGAACCAGAAUCAGAUGAGCCGAAUUCACGUCAAGAACCACAGAGGCGGAAUCCAAGCCACGGCCAUGCUAGGAAACGAGCCAAGUCAAACUCUAAACUGAAGCUGGUAAGAAGUUUAGCGGUGUGUGAAGAGUCAUCUGGGCCGUUUGUUGAUGGAUGUUUGGAACCUCAGGCCUUUAAAGGGGUUGUAAAGGAUGUCAUUCACUUGCAUAUUAGCUGUCCUUCUGAUAAGGAAGAGAAGUGCUGUAAGGAUGGGCCUGAGAAGGAUGAGAAAAAUAAAGAAAAAGGGCCAAAGAAAAUGCUCUCUAGAGAUUCUAGUCAGGAGUACACGGAUUCUACUGGAAUAGAUGUACAUGAAUUUUUAGUGAACACACUGAAGAAUAACCCAAGGGAUAGAAUGAUGCUGCUAAAAUUAGAACAAGAAAUCCUUGAAUUUAUUAAUGAUAAUAGCAAUCAGUUUAAGAAGUUUCCACAGAUGACCUCAUAUCACAGGAUGCUUUUACACCGUGCUGCUGCUUAUUUUGGCAUGGAUCAUAACGUAGACCAAACAGGCAAAGCCGUAAUCAUUAAUAAAACCAGUAACACAAGAAUACCUGAGCAAAGGUUCUCUGAGCACAUCAAAGAUGAAAAGAGUUGUGAAUUUCAACAAAGAUUCAUCCUAAAAAGAGACGAUGCCAGCAUGGACCGUGAUGAUAAUCAGAUUCGAGUACCUUUGCAAGAUGGAAGGAGGAGUAAAUCCAUAGAAGAGCGAGAGGAGGAGUAUCAGAGGGUUCGGGAGAGAAUUUUCGCAAGGGAGUCAGCCCAGAAUGGUCAUAUUACUGAUGGCAGAGUCUACAGAGAAGGCUUUUCCACCCUCUCUCACAAAAGGAGACAGUUGUUUAGAGGCAACAGAGACUUUCUGAAUAGAGGCUCUGGUAGUCGACAGAGCAGUACCGAAAGUGAACUGAAAUCUCUGGAUCCAAGACCUUGGAGCAGCACAGACUCUGAUGGUUCCUGCCGUAAUAUGCGUCCUCCUGUAACCAAAGCAAGCAGCUUUAGUGGCAUUUCAAUCCUGACCAGGGGAGAUAGCAUUGGCAGCAAUAAGAACGCAGCCAACCGGACAGGCCGACCAGGCUUGCCAAUCGGCACCCCAGAAGUAUGCAGCCAAGCCGCCUCCUCGCAGCAGUCCACUAGAAGCAUCAUACCUUGCACUGCACAGCAACAACAUCCCCAUCCUCACCAGGCACUUCCACCCACUCCUCAGCAACAAUCCAUGAAUAACCACUUAAUGUCACAGACCCUUCAGCCCUCUCCACAACCGGUCCAGUACUCCGCCAGCUCCUGCCCCCAAGUCCUUCUGCCAGUUUCACCUCCCCAGCAGUACAAUCUGGCUGAUGAUUUGAAUAGUCACUUUGGGCAGAUGACUCUCAGUCGGCAGGGUUCAUCUGAGGCUCCUGAUCCUUCUACUGCCAUGUACCAGUCACCUAUUAUUUCCCAGCAUCCCCAGCAAGCAGGCUUCAUCAUGACAUCUGGGGGACAAGCCAUCGCUUCAACUGGCUACCCUUCCUCAGGGCACCCUUCCCCAACGCAGCAAGUCAUGCCACCACAGGGAUUCAUGCAGCCUCCACAGCAAAUUCAGGUCUCUUAUUAUCCCACGGGUCAGUACCCAAACUCUAGCCAGCAAUACCGACCUCUCUCGCACCCAGCGGCCUACAAUUCGCAGCGCAAUCAGCAGGUCACCCAGCCGCCUCAGCAACCUGGUAUGCAGUCCAUAAUUUCCAACCAGCCACCUGCUUACCAGGGAAUGAUGGGUGUCCAGCAGUCACAAAAUCCUACAAUGCUUAAUAACCAGAGGGCAAGUGUUGGAAAUCAAAUGCAAAGCAUGAUGGUGCAGUACACUCCACUCCCUUCAUAUCAGGUUCCAGUGGGAAACGAAUCACAGGGAGUUGUGCCACAGACCUAUCAGCAAUCUGUACUUGUUCCCACCAAUCAGACUGUGCAGGGAACUAUGCCAGCUGGAGGGAUGCCAGUCUACUACAGUGUUAUACCACCAGCACAGCAAAAUGGUUCCAGCACCUCUGUGGGUUAUCUUCCUCCUGGCUCUGAACAGUACCAGAUGUCUCAGUCUCCUUCUCCCUGCAGUCCUCAGCAAAUGCAACAGCAGUAUUCAGGUGUCAACCCUUCAAGCAUGGGUGUGGUGGUAAUGCAGCUGAAUGUACCCAAUGGCCCACAGACAACAUCACAGAACCCACCAGUAGUCCAAUGGAACCAUUGCAAAUAUUUUAGUGUUGACCAAAGGGGUCAGAAACCUGAGCAUCUGUAUGCCGCAGAAGCCAGCACUCAGGCCAGUAAUCUUAUGAACAGCCCUAUCACAUCCCCAGCACAGUCACCAACGCCUUCUCCGGGCUCUAACAUGAACAGUGUCUGCACUGGACUUUCACCACUAUCAGUCAUUCCUCAGUUUCCCCGACCUGUUGGCCCUGCACAAGGUGAUGCUCGGUAUUCUUUGCUUGGACAACCACUUCAGUACAACCUUUCAGUCUGUCCCCAAAUACUGCACAGCCAGCCCCCCUAUUCUGCACAACUGGUACAGUUUGAUUGGCAUGGGAAAUGUAGCUUUAAGACAGGAAUGAAACAUGGGAACCGAGGAAAGAGGCAAGCACUAAAAUCGGCAUCUACAGACCUUGGUUCAGCGGAUAUAGUCCUGGGCCGUGUUCUGGAGAUUACAGACCUACCAGAAGGCAUUACUCGAGUGGAAGCAGGAAAACUUUUCACACAGCUGGCAAUGUCUGGGGCCAAAAUACAGUGGUUGAGGGACGCUCAGGGUCAUGCCCCAGGGCCUAGUGGUAACAAUAAUGGACCUGCAGAAAAUGGCCGCCAAAUUCACAGCAAUGACCUGGCAGCCUUUUAUACCAUCGUGGCAGUCUUCCCCAGCACCAUGGCAGCACAGAACGCCUCAGUGCAGCAAAACAGUCCACUCAGCCGCUUCAAGUUGCGCAGCAUCAAAAAGAACUAUGAUUUGCGCAUACUGGAACGUGCCAGCUCGCAAUAGCAUGUGAAGAUAGGUGGGGGAAGGUGUGAGGGAGGGGACAGAAGGAGGAAUACAUCUCUUCCCCCUCUAACCAUGCCUCUUUCUCUCUCCUCUUCCCAUCACCAGUUGAAGAAAGCACACUGGACUUAUAAAUACAGCCUCUACCUUUCUAGCCUCUAUUUCUCCCUGCACUUUUUAUUGUUUUCAAUCGCUUCCUUCAGCCAUUUUACUUUGUUUGUCCAUCUUUUUAAUUUGUUUUAUCGUUCUCCACUUCUGGUUCGCUGUCAAAUACUCACACAUCUAUUAAGUUGCUUGCUUUCUUUAUAUCACCCGUUUUGUUUCUUUCCUAAACUUGCACGCUUUCCUCUUUUUAUGUUGUCUGGCUUUUCUUUCAAAUGUCUCCUGAUGCACACUGUUAUCUAUGAGCGCCACCACCAUAUCAUUGAUGCCCUUUUGUUUCUUGCGCAUCCUGCGGACACCGCAGGUUCUUCUACUUUUACGUCAAAUUUUAUAUAUUGGUUUUUCUCGUCAGAUUCUUCUCUGCGGUACUUUUUUAUAAAGACAUUACCCAAUUUCUGAUCGAGAGCAGAGACGCUCUGUAGCGGGUAUAAAGCUGCCAUAGGGCAAAAGGGUAAAGGAAUGGACAGAAUUUUUUUCUUCAUCCUGAGUGGAAUUUUGAACAUUUUGCCUUUUUUUUUUUUUUUUUUUUUAUUUCUUUUCUCAGAGUUGGUUGUCCCUGAACAUUGUAUAGAUUUUUUUUUUGUUCUUUUUGAUGCUUGUGAGAGUACAUUAACAUGGGUAUUUAUUUGCACAAAUGGGCUGUACUCACUGUAAAUUUUAUUUAAUCCGAUUUUGUUUUUAAAUAUGGAAAAAAGAAGUAUGUGUCACAUUAA